AUGUCCGUCGAACUGCCGAACGUCCAGCACAUCGACCAAACGGACGUUCAAGAGCUGAGCGUCAACAACCUCGCCAGACAGGAAUUAAUACGUCAAAAUGGCGUUUCGAUCGAAGACAAUGGUUCGGAGGUUUAUCAGACCCCAUUUGGAGGUAGUUUGCAAAAUUCCUUUGAACGGGCACGUUCCCUAACUGCAGAUGGCACCGCGGUGCAGGACUACUGUCCAGUGCACGGAUUUACCGUUCGGUCAAAGAACAGCAGGAGGGAACAGCCUGUCAGGUUAGCAGCUGCAACCGUUUCGAAUUCGAUCAUGGUCACAACUCCGAUCGUAGCCGAGUCACGAACUCAGCCGGUGACAGAACAGGAGCUUUACCGGCAGCAUCAACUGAGGAGGCACCUGUGGAAGACGAACGCCACCGUGGACCAACUGAUUCAACGGGCAGACGAGAAGAACGCGAUCAUGAUCAAUUUGAUCGUGCUCAGCGUUUCGUUCCUGUUCCUGAUGUCGGCCUUCGUUGGCCUGCAGAACCUGCAGACCAGCAUCAACAACAGCGACCACUUGGGGUCAUUUUCGUUGACCUUCAUUUACGUUGGAUGGAUUGCGUCGUGCCUGUUCACGCCUUCCUACCUGCUGAAUCGCGUUGGCUGCAAGAAGUGCAUUCUAAUCUCCAUGUGCAUGUAUUCACUGUACAUGCUGGCUCACUUUCGCAUCGCGUGGUACAUCCUGCUGCCGGCGUCCGUGAUGCUAGGCCUCGCCGCCGCUCCGCUGAUGGCCGCAAAAAUGACCUUCCUUACCGAGUCAGGUAUUCGCUACGCCGAACUCAACUGGGAGUCUCCACGCACGGUCAUGAACCGGUUCUCUGGCAUAUUCUUCAUGAUCGUUCACCUUGGACAGGUUUUCGGUAAUCUCAUUUCACACUGGAUUCUUGGCAGAACGAUGACCGUCUCGUCAAGAGUGGAUUCGGUCGACUUCACAUGUGGACACUUUUACUCCGAGGGAUAUAACCUCUCCAGCAAAGCGACUGUAAAUCUGCUCCCUCCGACGGUGAACAUUUUCCGGUCUCUGGCCGGAACUUACUUCUGUUGUACGCUAGUUGCGAUAAUGAUCGUGACACUGUUUCUGAACGAACUCCGAAGCGACCUUCUGAACGCCAAAAUUAAGCUUCGCUAUAAACUUCAGGUAUGGAGGACAACGAUUCAGCAUCUCAACCAACCGAGAGUUCUGUUGCUCAUCCCUCUCACCAUCUUCAAUGGAAUGGAACAGGCAUUCAUUGCAGGAGAAUUCACAAAAGCGUACAUAGGUUGCUGUGUGGGAAUCAGUCAAAUCGGUGCAGUCAUGACAUGCUUUGGAGUCUGUACAGCAGUGUGUUCUUUCCUCUUCGGACCUCUUAUUCGUCUGUUUGGCAGAAUGCCCCUGUUUAUGUUUGGAGGUGUAGUUGACAUGCUGAUGAUUUUCACGAUGAUCAUAUGGCCUCCAAAUCCUGCAGACGAAGCUAUCUUCUACGUAAUCGCAGCAACAUGGGGUAUGGCAGACGCUGUUUGGAAUACACAAAUUAUUGCGCUUUGGAUCAUGUUAUUUUCACCGAGUCUUGAAGUUGCUUAUGCCAAUUAUCGACUUUGGGAAUCUGUUGGUUUUCUUGUCGCCUUCGCCUCUUCUGCUUACCUGGCAAUAGAAAUGAAACUUUAUGUUUUGCUGAUAUUUCUUCUAGCAGGGAUGGUAGGUUAUGGUUUAAUAGAGUUCUGGAUUCUAGUCGAGGUAGACGCUACAUUUGCCCUUUGA